AUGGUCGAGAACAAUGAUAUUGGCGAUGUCAACCUCCUCGAGUGGUCUCACGAACUCGAUCGAGCGCUUCUCCAACUCCCCUUCAAACCCUUACAGUCAACAACGGACGAUGGUCGUGCGCUCUUCCUCUAUAAGCUUGCCUACUCUACCAAACACAAAGAAGCUGGGCUCCUCCUUCUCGACUGCGAUGCCUGUACCGCCUUCUAUGAGGGUGUCUCGUUGAGGACGCUCCAUCGACGCACCCGGCUGGGUACGGCGUUGAAUGGAUCAGACGAUGCCAGUCAUCUCUAUGCCAUUGUCACCGUCAUCCAUCGUUCGAUCAACGCGCAGAAAGAACUUGACGCCUCGCUCCGAACGACCAUCGCCCUUGAAUCAACUCGCUUCUCAUCAUCGCUGUCCAUCAGCGUCAAAUCCAGGCACGAUGUCUUGGAGAACAACUUCAAGUGCUCCUUUGAUCUCGACCCGCUUGAUCAUGCAUCCUUAUCCAACAUGCUCUCAUCUCAUUUCGUCCGCCCGCUACUAGGCCUUGCUGCAGUUUUGGCACGCUCAGCUUCCAUGGCACAGCUAGAUAGCAUACAACAGAUCAAGUCUAACUCAUCAGACAAGCAGAGCACCAGCUCUGAUUCGCUCGAGCUUAUUCGUCGUUCUGCGCUGUCCCAUGCGGGACUGCCUGUAAAACUCCUUCAUCCCCUCUCAAGUGGAACAAGCGGCGGGAGCACCUCUCGCGGUGAAGGCUUUACCUCUUCCGCAAAAACAAAACAUAUGCCUUUGCCGGGUACCAGAUCAUCUACCUUUAAUGAUGAUGCUUGCAACGACGACCAUCUCGAUGACGACACGCACUUGCUGCUCUUCGGCCCACCCGGGUGUCGACUACCUGACACCAGUCCAAUUGCGCGUGGAGCUUCAGCAAAGAUCAAGCAAGAGGUCCCCUCUUCCUCUCCAAUGUAUCCACCCAGCUCUGACAACGAUGAUGAUGCCGACAUAACCCUCACAGCCCCUCCAGCUAGCGCAGAUAAUCGCGAUUCGCACACCAAGACCGAUUCCAUACACACUCGGAAGACACCUGCUAACAUCGCCUCAACCAAGCCCGAAGAAGAAGAAGAACAAGACUCUGACACCAGGAGCGAAGAAGAAAGCCUUAGGGUUAGGGUUAGGGUUAGGGUUAGGGUUAGGGUUAGGGUUAGGGUUAGGGGUUAG